CACGAGUUUACUGACGCAAUAAUUUAAACAUUUCAGCUUAAGGGGUAAUCUAAUGAAUUCUUCUACUGUAUCCUAUGGCAGUCCAUACAGUAAAUACUACCGCCCAGACCAAGGUCCCUCAACCGAUGUAAAAGCCCAUGCAUGUUUAAUGAUUCUUGCGUGGGGUUUCUGUAAUCCAAAUGCAAUAAUCAUUUCAAGACACUUUAAAAAAGGUUGGCCGGGUCGCACGAUUAAUAACCUGGCAUAUUGGUUCCAGUUUCAUGUUAUUUUACAGUCGUUUACUCUGUCAUUCGUCUUACUGGCACUUAUGAUCAUGGUUGUACAUGUUAUGGGCUAUUCAACACUCAGUGAGCUACCCCUAAGUGCUCAUCCUCCAUGUGGAUUUGCAGUCAUCACCCUAACGUUUUCGAAUCCUAUUGUUGCUUGGUUUCUCUGCACUACAACUGGACGUCAACGAGCCAUAACGAAGUAUAUUCAUCAAGUAACAGGAAUCUUAUCACAGAUGCUGGCCAUUCCAACGGCACUCAUAGGUUUCCAGAUGCCGAGGCUAGGUCACCGUGUUUGUUCGUCCAAAAUGUAUUCAACAAUUUUUAUUAUUUCUGUGAUUCUCAACGCUAUCAUCGAAGUCACCUUUGAAGUAAUUGGAUACAAAAUCAGAAAAAAUGUGCGAAUUGUACAGUCAAUGCUGAGCAUUGAAGCUGAAGAGGCUAACAAGUUACUUUCUCGGUUUGAAGAAAUAUAAAAUACAGUUACAAGUUGGUAAAUGGAAAUGUUGUAAAAGUGAACCUCACCAAUGUCUUUUGAAUUGAUGCAAUCCAGCAAGAAGAAAAUGAGAGAAAAUUAUGCUGAGUACUUGAGUGAAGGGUUUGUACACAGGAAGCAUACUAUUUUAGGAAUUGUCCUGGCGCGAACUUGACAGACGCAAAGACCAAUCAUUAAUUAUCCGAGCUUGUUAUAUACCCAGGAAUACGAGACCAAGGAAGAACACGAUAGCCUAGUCGGAUGGAGUUGUAUAUUUGGG